UCGGAAGAGGCGUGGCCGAGUGACGUAAGUGAUGUUUUGCUAAAGGUUAGCCGCAGCUAGCUAACUUUGUCUUCCAGUUGGCUUCUUAAUCUGAACCUCCUGGAGUAGCCACAUUCAACUCGGCUCUUCGUCUUAUUGUUUACAUAAAUGUGAUUUUCGACCACUUUAAAGAAACGAAGCCAUGAACGGAAGCACGAAUCCGCUGCUGGACAAAGAGGAGCAUGUUUUGAAGCUCGGAGAAAGCUUUGAGAAGAGGCCAAAAUCUUCUUUUCACACUAUCAGAUACGACUUCAAACCAGCAUCAAUCGACACGAGUUGUGAGGGAGAACUCCAAGUUGGAAAAGGAGAUGAAGUUACCAUAACACUACCUCACAUUCCUGGCUCCACGCCUCCGAUGACAGUAUUUAAAGGAAACAAGCGACCGUACCAGAAGGACUGUGUCCUCAUCAUUAAUCAUGACACGGGGGAGUUUGUACUGGAGAAGCUGAGCAGCAGCAUCCAAGUCAAGAAAACCAGGGCAGAGGGCAGCAGUAAGAUCCAGGCCCGGAUUGAGCAGCAAUCGGUUCGGUCCAACCAGCCCAGCUCCCAGUUUCGGGCCCCGACCAAGCCUGGGGCUGGAAUCAAAACCUCUCCCUCCCCAUCUAAGGAUAAUCCCUCCCCAGAGCCUCAACUUGAUGACAUUAAGAGAGAGCUGCGAGCAGAAGUGGAGGUAAUAGAGCAAAUGAGCAGCAGCGGCAGCAGCAGCUCCUCUGACUCGGCCAGCGCUUCAGGAAGCGGUGACGACAGCAGCAGCAGCGACGGCGAGCACGACGCCCCCCGGCCCCUCAGCCAGACCUCCCCCAGCCGCCACCCCAUGGCCAACGGAGGAGCCGACCGGCAGCAGGGCAACAACCAGCUCAUGAACACGCUCCGAAACGACCUUCAGCUCAGUGAGUCCGGCAGUGACAGCGAUGACGAUUGAACUCUACCGGUCAGUCUCUCUCUUCACACUCCUCCUCCUACUUUCUGCCUGGUUCACUUAUUCCUUUGCUGUGAUAGCUGACCCCAGCUGUACAUCUUGGUUUGACUGUAUUUUUUUUUAAAUUUUAUUUUAGUAUAUCCUAUAAGCUGACCAGCUUGGAACCUUUGAGAGUGUAUUUUUUAUUAGAUGUAUAUUUUGUUUUGUAUAGCAAAACUUCAGAAAAAGAAAAGUUUACUUGAGAGGUUUGAAAGAAUCUAUAUUAGAGUGCACAUGCAUAUUUUCUGUACUUAGAGAAGCUAGUUUUAUCUACUUGUGUCAUGUGUUUUUGUUGGAUUUUUUUUCUAGUAAGUACAGUGGGUCUUAAAAUGUCAUUCUGUAUUCCCUCCCCUUGUCUUGUUAUUUAUCAGAGAAAGCUGUGGGAGUCUUCUCUACAACGUUACGUUUUUAUCAGUUUGCUAAGCAUACAAAAAAUGCAGAAUUGCACAAGUAUCCUGAAAAUGAGCAACGCAUCAAAGAAACUGCCAUUUUGCCAUCUGCUAAUCUAGUAAGUGUUGAGAUCAGUGUUGAGCACAAGAAUCGACUUCAUUCUGUGCCUUCCUAAUCACAACUCUAGGUGGCUGUUUGCAGUUCAUUUUAGAUAAUAAGUAAUCUCACUAAAGGUCAGUGUGUCAAGCUAAUGUUAGAUGACCUUCGUGAAGGAAUGUGGCUGGUGUCAUUCUACAUUUGCCUUUCAGUCAACAAAUUCCAUGAAAAAAACCCAAAAACUAAUAUGUCAGACCAUCUCUCAAUAUGUCAACUAUUCUAAAACAAGGCAGAAAAGUUUGAAUGUUUCACCAACAUAUUAUCUGAAUUUUAUAAAGGAUUAGUAGUGUGUUGAAGCAGCCAGGCACUGGAAAUGAAAUAGGAAAAUUCAUUUGUUAGGAACUAUUUUCAGUUACAGAUUUAUCAAAAAUUGGUAGGUUAUGUUUUGUUUCUUUUUGAAUUUGUUGAUAAGAAAAAAAUGAAUUUUACUUGGUUUCCUUUUUAAAAUGUGUACCCAUCAUAGAAGAAUUUACCUGAAUUACGUUUCAAGUUGCUGCUCUAAUGAUUGGCUGGAUACAAGACUCUUAUUUUCUUAUACCUUGUAGGAAACUAGAGGUGCAACAUGUUGCUAUGUUUUAUGAUUUCACCACAAGGGGGCAGAAAAGACUCAUUAACAAAUGCAGGAACAGGUUUGUAGUGACAAUACUGGUAUAGAUAUGUAGAUAAUAUGUCAGCAAAGAAUUGAAUGUAAGUGUAGUAUUCACUCUAACUUUAGCUCUGAUUCCAUUUCUACUAACACAAGAAAUUCAUCAGACUCAUUAGCUGCUAGAUGUUCCGUUUUCUUCACCAGCUACUCAUUUACUUCCUCUGUCAUGUAGCACUAAACAUUAUUCUCUCUUAACCUACGCAGCAGCAAAGGUUUUAUACAGGGAUAAUGAUUAGAGCCUAAGAAGUUCAGUCUGUCUGGAGCGGGAGGAUCAAAAAUAAUGAGCUAAAAAAGCUAGAGAAUUUCAGUCCAACUGCAAAAUUGGCUGUUGUUGGCAGUGUUACCAAAUAUAACUAAAUGCAGCUGUUAUAGUGCUGCUGUCUGUCCGGCAUCUUACAGACACAGACAGUACAAAUGUAUUUUCUCAGCUCAGUUACUUUUGAGAACUAUGGAUAUUAAAUCCUCCAUUGUCAGUCAGUAAAAUAGCAGCUGAUAAGUUAAUCAAAAUUUUAACAAGAAAAGCAGUCAGAGAGCACAGUGCUCGGCCAAGGCUGCUCAGUCGCUGCAUGAUUUCCAAUGGAUAAGUCCUGAUAAGUUCACAGUGGUGAAUAUUUAGUAGGAUCACAUUCAUGUGAUGUCAGCAGGCAGCUGACGUAGCGUUCAUUUGUAGUCAUAAUUACAGUGACGCUGAGCCACUAUCUGGCAAUGAUACAGAGAUCUUUAACAAAUCUGUGGAUCCAGACUAUGAGCUGCAUCACUGCCAAAAUCUAAUCAGGUGGCUCUUUCAUCAUUUCUGACCUUCCCUGAAAAUUACAUCCAAAUCUAUUGGUCAGUUUUUGAGUAAUGCUGCGCAUAGAAAGACAGACAAAUGUACGCCGAUCGUCGCAUAACUCCUUGGCGGAGUAAAAAGAGUUAAGAUUUGAAGGGGGCAUCAGUAUAUGAGCGUACCAAAAAUGUCCUAUUCUGUUGUGGAAAAAGAAACCCUGAAAACCAAAUUAUGCAGAAUUAAGUUUGCAAAGGGAAAACAUUUCCCUCAAAGGGAUUUAGCUUUCUUUGUUGUUGUUUUUUUUAAAUUGCCAUUUUUUUGUUUCAAAUUUAUUGUAUCCGCUACAUGUUGUAUUUUUUUAAACAGAGAACAUUUUAUUUUUGAUCCCAACUUUUCAUAGAAUACCUAUAUCAUAGUACCAUUCCAUGCCUUACAGCAUUUCAGUUGGGAAAUCAAGGUGAAUGUGUCAUUUUCUUAAAAUGCCAAAGAGUUGAACUGCCCCUCAUCAUGUGCAAGAUGUGCAGGAAUGUUCACAGUGUAAGUGUUUUAUUGUAUUCAUUUUACUAUUAUAUCAGAUUGUUUUGUGAGUGACUUUUCCCUUUAUCUACCAGAGACACUGGUGCUAGUGAAUAUCGGUUGGCAUUGGUUGUAUGGUAUAUCAUUACAAAAGCAGUGCAACAGCCUAUAGAUAGAAGAGUUUCAUUACAAAAUGGGCAGACGUAACGUUUACAUUGGCGUUUAAAUGUUGUUUUAUUUUGUCAAAAAGCAUGCGUUUUCCACCAUUACAAAUGUAAAAAGUGAAACACUUAAUCAUGAUCAAAGAUGUCGCUAGAGUUUUAGUAAACCAAGAUUGUUAACGUUAAAGAACAAGAGUGUCUGUUUCGUGGGAUUUAGCAGUGAGGUUGCAGAUUGCAAACAACUGAAUGGCCUUUCCUUAUUUCUCCAUUUCCAAACACGACGGUGAGCCUAUGGUGGCACCUCUGUCUGGAGCUAGUGUUUGGUUUGUCCAUUCUAGGCUACUGUAGAAAGACGGCAGGCGGUCCUUUACACACUCCCUCUGUCUAUUUUAGAGGCUUCUUCUAAGCUAAUGAUUCAUAGGUAGAGGUGAUUAAAUGAAAACAUAAUUCUGAACAUUAUAUUCAGUUUCUGCUAAGUGACCCCCUAACUCGUUGGCCCUUCAAAUUCAGACACAUGUGCUGUAUACAGGAGAGACAAAGACAUGAUUGUACCCCUAACACAUCCAGUUUACACUGUUCUUAUUUGAAAUCAUUUUCUUACAAAAUGUGUCUACACAAGAAGUGUUUCGUCCAUGAUUUCAGUCAUCUUUCUCAUGCACAUUUUAAUGAAUAUCAACAGCUGUCUACAAAGGCGACUUCACUGUAUACAUUUUACACAUGUGAUCACAAUUUAAAGUAUCUUUUUAAGUCUAAGCUUAUUUUAUGCACCCACAGUAACCCUGUACUGAGCUCUGGGUGCUGCCACAACACAAGCGACCUGUACGCCACUCUGUAGUAAUGGACUGAGGCUGCUGCUGGUUCUCUGACAUGCCACUUUCAUUAUGAGACACUUGUAGAAAUGGCAUUAGAGAUGUUUGUGUGACUGUACAUCUGCAGAGGGACAAUAAUAGCGGAGAAACAAGGGCUUUUUAAAUUAAACCAGCUGUUCCCUACAUAAGUAACACUCUACAGUGGGCUGUAAAUUGAAAUCUCAGAUACUUAAGACAGUUAAUAUAGGCAGUAAAUAGGAAACGAUUUCAGAUGCCGCCUCGGUUAAAUUUCUUGCGCACCCACAGGUGUUCUCACUUUGCACCUAGUUAGACUUCUUCUCAGGACUGUGCUCCAUUGGCAUCUGCGUCGUUCACAUUUUGCCCCUUUUAAAGCAAGAGGAUCAGCAAGAGUAAGCUAGAUUUAGAAAGUAAAGGACUCACCCCCACCAGAAAAGACAAAACAGAGAAUUACCUGUCCAGCAGAAGAACAGCAGACGUCAUUUUUCAGGCCCUUUGACUCCUGGAGUUGCAGGUUUCAAUGUAAAACUGAAACACAUCCAGGUGUGCAUCUGGCCUUGUAGUCUCUGGUGGCCUGCAAAGUGUGCAUGGCCAGAGGGCAUGCAGGUGGGCGGGACAUCCAGUCAUUUCCUGCAGUCCGGAUGCAAUGAUUGGUUGGCUUUUUGCAAGCAUGUGACUGCUUCAGAUGGCUGGUUUAUGUAGUUUUAUCAUCAGAGCAGUUGAUUUAUUCAUUGUUGUUGGGAUCUGAGGAAAGAUGAAACAAGUACAACGAACAAUGCUACAGGAAAACUUAGCAUACUUUAUCUUGAAGGAGGAACGAACUUUACCAGAGACAGGUGGGAUCAUCAACCACGCUGAAAAAACAAAACAAGUGAAAACACCUGUAUGUGUGCAACUGAAGAUUUACUUGCCUUUCUGCUAUUUCAAAUUCUGAAUUAAUUUGCAACAAACAUAAGGAUGGAUGUGCAGCAUUUUGAAAUGAAACUCUUCAAUUAGCAUUUAGCAUUGCCAUGUUUUGGCAUUGCUGGAAUUAUCUGCCAUCACACAGUAUGUAGCUGGUCUCAUUGGUGUUUAUGUCACAGCUGUGUUCCUUAAAAUGAUUUUCUGACGGAUUCCCCCCCCCCACUAACAGUCACUGACACACUGCACUGUGCUAAAAAUCUUUGUAAGUCAGAUAUUCUGCCUCUCAGACGACCAUUGAAGUAUUUCUUCUUCCAUGUCGGAAAUUAGGAAUUACACAUCCCCACGGUGUUGAUGAUUAGUUUCUCAGCCCACCCCAGCCGACAGUUGUUAUCCUGCUUCUAAACAUCAGCUGUACAUGACGUUAGAGUGGAUGGUAACACGUUGAAUGGUUCAACCACCUAAGCAAAGGUCUAAUUUACCACUCUGGUAUUUUCCCUUGAAAACUGUAUAACUCUUGAAAGGUAGUUUUGUUGUCUAAUGAUGUCUGUUGUAUUUGGUGCUUUAGUUGUCAUGUUUUUAUUUUAGAGCUACGUGAACUAUGUUUGUACAAAUUUGAAGUGUAUUAAAGGUGUGCAAAUGCA